ACGUGGUUAUUAGCGUCAUCGUUAUUAGUUGGAGUCAGUCUAUUUUCUAGCCCCUAUUUUCUCGUCUGCUUCAACGAUGUCAACACGUGCCAUGUAGACUGAAAAAGAAUUGCUCUUGAAAAUUGUAAAUUUGGUCAUGAAUCAUGAUAUCGUGUCGAAAUUGUUUGGCUACGCUGGCCAUUCUGCAACGGUUCAAAGUCUUCAAGCUGCCUAGUACCGUUGCUGUAAUACCAGCCAAUACUUUCAAAACCAUACACGUUAACGGAAAUGGUUCUGGCUAUAUGAAUUUCUCUUCGUCGAAGCCCAAUUGUCGUGCGACAUCCGUUAAGAGUCGAGAUCAAAACGAUACCACAGGCAAAAUAUGUGAAGAAGAAGGUGAAUUACCUGAAGAGGAAAUUGAAGAAAUUCAUGGUGACUAUUUGCCAAAUUUCCCUAGUGAAGCAAGUGAAGAAACAGAGACUGUACUAGAAGGUGUCCCCACAAUUGUUGAAAUACCGAAAGAAAAAAUGAAAAAGCAAAGGCAAGUUGUCUCAAAAAUGGGCAGUGAAAUCAAAACGUCAAAGCCGAAAGCAAAAUCAGCUGAAAAGAAAAUGUGUAACCAAAAUUCUAUUGAAGAAUCACAAGCAGCAGCUGUUGAAUUGGAAAAGAAAAAAGAAAUUGCUUUCCGGUUUAGUCUCAAAAGUUACCUAACAAUGUGCAUGCAACAGAAUAUGGUUUACAAGGCUAUGAUUUUGUUGCGUAACUACCAUGCAGAAAAAAAGUACUUUAAAAGCAGUUUGGUUUAUGAUGCUGUACUUAGAGAAGCUUCAUCCCGCUGUAGUUGGAAGCUUAUUAAAGAAGUUGUACAGAUGAUGGAACAAGGUGGAAUACCCUUCAGUUUAGAUUCAUUUGCCGCCUGCUUCAUUUGUUUGGGCCGAAGAUCUGAAAAAGAGAUCGGCUUGGAAGCUCUUGCAGAGAACCUUCUGGAUAAAAUGGAUUUUUGCGGCCUAAAUGUGGAAGAAAUUUUCCAAAGCUGUAAGUUUACGGGUAACCACAGGGAAUUGGCAGCGAAAGGGAUAAGAUUGGCAAUGCCCAAUUUUCAACCAGGAUUUCCUUCGGUUCCAUUAACAUAUACUACACCUUUAUUGGCUGCCUUAAAUGAAAUGACUGUUGAAUCAGAGGUUACUUCAAAUAUAGAAGGAUUACUGAAGGAAGAAAAUUUAACACAGUUAGCUGCCGAACAGCUUAAAUCCGAAAUGAGUGGUGUCGUGUUCAUCAAAUCAAUUACAAAUUCCAGUUCGGUGGAUAAUCAGGCCAUAAGUGACAUGGAAAAACUGGAACUCGAAUGGCUGGAAGUGAUACGCGAAGCGAUUGUUCGCGACUUGUCCAUGUGUAAAGCUCAAUUUGAAUCUACGCGUCGCAAAACACUACACAUUUAUCCUUUCUUGGCCAUUUUGUCGGCUAGUGAUUACGUUCGACUGUUGACCCAAGAAGUGCAAAUGCUUUCGGGCACUUCUGACCUAUUUUCGCCAAGUAUGCACAUUUUCUGUCGUAACUUAGGUCUGAAAGUAAUGAGAGAAGCUCGAAUCCAACGCAAGAAAGAAAAUGGGCAGCUAGAAAAAUUCCAACAUCUUUAUAACAGAUAUUGUCAAUGGUAUCUGCAUCCAACAAAAAAUGGCAAGCUGUUCAACCCUAGACAAAUGUGGCAACAACUUCUGGUACAAUUUCAAAAUGAAGGUUCGGACUUGGAUUACGAAGAAAUAUUCUGGCCACAUUCUGUUGUUCAAUCUGUUGGCCAGUUUCUCUACAACAUAAUCCUCAGUAAUUUGAAAAUUGCCGACCACACAAGCGAAGGGGCCAAGCUUUCACCCGCAUUCUACAUUGUCUUCCGCACCAAAGGUGUGAAAGCCAUUAGAGAAAUCAAACCACAUCCGCAACUUGUCAAAUUAUAUGAUGAGAUACGCAAGAAAAAAUUAAGCUUUGACGCAUCGCUGUUGCCCAUGGUUUCACCACCUCUACCUUGGCAUACGCAUAGACAGGGAGGCUAUUUGGUGACCGAUGUUUCUUUAGUCCGUUUACCGCCAUAUGCAUCGCAGCAGAGACUUAGAUUGGAGAACACCCCUGCUCAGCAAUUGUAUCCGGCUCUAGAUGCUCUAAAUGCCCUAGGGACCAUUCCCUGGCAAAUAAACGGUGCCAUUCUCGAUUUGGCUAUCAAGAUUUUCAAUUCAAAUGGUAGCAAAGAACUUGACAUACCACAGCCACCGUCCGCCCUGUCUCCACCAACACCCGUGACUGGGGAUGGAUCUAUCAAAGCUAAAGCGUUCAAAGAACGAACCGCUUACAAACGUCGAAAAGCGGAAAUGUACAGUUUGUGGUGUGAUACCCUCUAUCGUUUGUCGCUUGCCAAUCAUUUCCGUGAUAAGAUUUUUUGGCUACCUCAUAACAUGGAUUUCAGAGGUCGCGUAUACCCAUGUUCUCCUCAUCUGACGCAUCUUUCUCACGACAUGGCGCGCUCGCUGCUCUACUUUGCUCAUGGCAAACCGUUGGGGGCUGAGGGCUUUAACUGGUUAAAGUUGCACGUGAUAAAUUUGACUGGGACAAAGAAAAGGGAGCCGGUCAGCGAACGUCUUCGCUAUGCAGAAGAAAUAUUGCCAGAAAUUCUCGAUUCAGCUGACAAUCCUUUGACGGGAAGAAAAUGGUGGGUUAAGUCCGACGAGCCAUGGCAAACCUUAGCAGCUUGCAUGGAAGUGGCUGCUGCACUACGAUGUCCAGAAGGACCAGCUGCGUAUGUUUGCCAUUUACCCAUUCAUCAGGAUGGUUCGUGUAAUGGAUUACAGCACUAUGCGGCUUUAGGACGAGAUCAAGUUGGGGCCGAAAGUGUCAACUUGGCGCCUGCUGAAAGACCGCAGGACGUUUAUAGCAACGUAGCCACUUUGGUAGAGCGGGAGCGUGCAAAAGAUGCUGCCAAUGAUGUUGAAAUUGCUCAGCUUCUUGCCGGCCAAAUCAGUAGGAAGGUCAUCAAACAAACCGUUAUGACGACGGUGUAUGGUGUUACGCGUUACGGUGCUCGAUUACAAAUUGCUAAACAAUUGAAGGAACUUCCAGGAUUAUCACCAGAACAGGUCAAUAUUGGAGCUUCAUAUUUAGCUGAUAAAACAUUUCAAAGUCUGCAAGAGAUGUUUACAUCGGCCAAAGAAAUCCAAGAUUGGUUCACCGAAAGUGCAAAAUUGAUUUCAACCGUCGCUGGAGAAAAUGUCGAAUGGAUUACACCAGUUGGGUUGCCCGUCGUGCAACCUUACAACAAAAAUCCUUAUGAUGAAACUAGCCGGCCUAAUGUGAUGAAACAACGUAACGCUUUUCCUCCGAACUUUAUUCACUCGUUGGAUUCGAGCCACAUGAUGCUGACAGCUUUACACUGUCAAAGGAAAGGCAUCACUUUUGCUUCCAUUCACGAUUGCUUCUGGACCCACCCUUGUACUGUGAAUGAAAUGAACAAGAUUUGUCGACAACAGUUCGUCUCCCUUCACUCUCAACCCAUUUUGGAAGAUUUAUCAAAAUUUAUGGUGUCACAGUUUGCUAGUAGAGCAAGUAGCGAUAUUGCUGAAGACGAAUCGCCAAAAGGUCUUGCCCGACAUAGACUAAAUCAGAUCCUGAGAGAAGUGCCUCGACGCGGUGUGUUUGACUUGCGACUUGUUUUGGAAUCAGUUUACUUUUUCUCUUAAAAUGGAGAAAAAUUAAACAUCGUAACACGAGUUGGCAUGUGGCCUUCGCGAGUUAGGAAGGUUGUACUUUGUGCACACGCAUAAUUAGUUAUCUCUAGUCUUUUCUACAAUAAACCCUACGUGCUAAUU